AUGGGAUUCAACUAUCUCGAGACAAGAAAUAUCAUGCAAAAGGGCUGGUGUGACGCGUUGAUCUAUCCUAAGAAGAAGCGGCAAGCACAGACACCAUGGGGAACGUUCAGGAUGGACGUGGCAAAGUCCAAUCCCGGACUUAUCGGUGUGAUGUGGCCUGACAAUACGAUCGUGUACAUUCUAGCUUCGCAAGUGACCGCAGAGUCAACGACAGUGCGACUACAAAAGGGAGUGGCCCCAGUGUUGUACCAUGCCCUGGCCUGGUUGCAGAAUACCAGCAUUACAUGGACAGCGUUGGUUGACAUGACCAGCUACGACGUCGAGGUAACUUGA